ACCAAAAGUGCAUGGGCAGAGAGAAAAAAAAAAAAAAAAGUACCUACUGACACUAGUGUGUCUCCUUCAUCACAUUGUCUAGUUUCAACAAACACAAACCAUUAAUUGAAUCAUUUUUUUGACAUAAAACAAUAUAGUUUAGUUAUAUUCUAUGAUUAUAGACAUGAAAGGUGAUGCAGAUGCAGGUGCCUUGGGAGCCAAGACAGCAAGAGCAUGUGAUAGCUGUUUAAGAAGAAGAGCACGUUGGUUUUGUGCUGCAGAUGAUGCUUUCCUUUGUCAUGGUUGUGACAAUUUGGUUCACUCUGCAAAUCUAUUAGCAAGUAGACACGAAAGGGUUCGCCUUCAAACCGCGUCUGCUAAGGUAACAACAACAGCACAAGCAUGGCACAGUGGAUUCACAAGGAAAGCAAGAACUCCCCGCCACAACAAAAAUUCGUCGAUUCAACAACAACAGCAACGUCUCAAGGAAAAAGUUCUCUUCAAUACUAGUUUUCUUCCACUUGUUCCUGAACUCGGAGGUGAAGAAGAACAAGGACAAGAACUACUUGUUGAUAUUGAUGAGGCUGAUGAGGAGCAGUUGCUGUGUCGUGUGCCAGUUUUCGAUGCCAACCCUUUUGAUUUAGAGACUUGUACUGUGAAAAAUGAUGCUGUUGAUUUUGAGGAAAUGUGUGACUUGGAUAGUUUCUGUGAGUUUGAUGUUGAUCUUGCUGAAUUUGCAGCUAAUGUUGAAAGUUUACUUGGUGUUGGGAGUAGUGAGAUUCAAGAGAAUUCAUCAGGACAAGUGUUUGAUUAUAAACAAGAGAAUGAAAUGGAUGCAUCCAAAAGUGAAAUGUUAAAGGUUAAGGAUGAAGAACUUGAUGAUUUGGAAUCAGUUUUUGACAUGACAAGUGAUGAUGUUUUUCAUUGGAAUAUUGAUAAUAAUGAUGUAUCACUAGCACAACAAGAGAAAGAGUAUAUGCCUUUGAGUAAUAGUAGUGUUGGUUAUAGUGAGAGCGUUAUUACUAAAGAAGAAACAAAGAGAGAGAGAUUUUUGAGACUAAACUAUGAAGAGGUUAUUACUGAAUGGAGCAGGCAAGGUUCUCCUUCUCCAUGGACUACUGCAAACCCUCCUAAGUUCAAUUGUGAUGAUGAUUCAUGGCAAAACUUAUUGGGUUCAAGUGGUGUAGAAGGAGAAGUAAGAAGCUUAAGGGGGCAAUUAAUGGGAAGUGGUGGAGAUGGAGGAAGAGAAGCAAGAGUAUCAAGGUACAGAGAGAAAAGAAGAACACGUUUGUUUGCAAAGAAGAUAAGAUAUGAAGUAAGGAAAUUGAAUGCAGAAAAGAGACCAAGAAUGAAAGGUCGUUUUGUUAAGAGGACAGCAUGUUUUGCUGGAGGAGCAACUUCUUUUCCAACUAAUUACCACUGACAUGAAUAUCAUCAACUGGUUAUUAAUUAACUUCCAUGUUUGCUUUUCUGCAAAUUUGGAUUGAUUAAUAUUUGGUGCAUGUGGCUGUGUAUAGUAUGUAUUAUAAUAAUAAUAAUGUUUAUUAAUUACUUUACUAGAGUUAAUGUUGCUUGGGAUGUUUCAAUCUAUCUCUAGCUUCAGGUUUAAUUAGUAAUACUAAUGGUAACCCUUCAAUUAUGAGCUAGUUGAUGAUUUGGCUGUUGGUUUUUGUAAGCCUAUUAUUAUUGUUCCUUACUAGAAGUUCACAUUCAAAUGUUGAUGCUAUGCUAUUUAACAUUAGAUUGAAAUGGUUA